AUGAAGAGCUCGUCUCUUCGUCAAAUCUCGGAUAACGACGCUGUCCAACUGUACGAUUGGGCGGAACGAAGCCUUGAUGCUGUGCUCAUAUGCACAUGCCGGCAAGUGCGGCGGAUGAAGGCCCUGUCGGAGCUAUCGAGCGCGAUUGGAGGUCAAACACUAUUUCUGCAUCAUCAAGUUCCCGGACUCGUCGCGAAAGUCUGCGGCAUGGUCGUAGGAGUGACGCCGAAGGAGGAUCAGGUCAGCUAUGAAGUGGACGACGGCACUUCUGUCUUGCGGAUCAUCGAGACGCGCAAAAGUCUGCGCCAGAACCGGUCACAUCCACUUCAGGCGGCUACGGGGACAGGCGCGACCUCGACCGCUUCUGGCGGUAUCCCCGAAUGCUACACCAUGCCGCCCCAGAGCAGGGCCUCAACGUCCGCCAGCCGAUUGGACUCUCAGACGGCCAACAGAUUUCUUGCGCCCAUGCUUCCGCGCUUCGAGGUCGGCGACAUUGUCAAGUGUACUGGCAAGAUUCAGAUUGAUCGUAGUGGCGACAGAUUUCUCUUCGCCCAUCGACUGCAACGAUGCGAGGACUUCAACGCGGAGUGUCAGCACCAGCUCGAUGCCAUCGAGAUCGAGAAACGCCUCUAUCGCCGGUCCUUCGAUUGGAACCGUCUUGCACUUGAAAAGGCAGUGCCUUCCCAUCAUCGUCCAGCUCCGCAUCGAACCGCUGCAAAUGUACCCGCGCGUCAGCUCAUAUCUGAUCUCUCGCAGGACGGCAAGGCUGUGUCUGCUCCUGCGAUCGAAUUUGAACCGGAGCAAGACGACUUUGCGAAGCGCCGCCUCUCGCCAGACAAAGCUCGCAGAUUACUUUUGGGCCAUGCCUCUUCUUCACAAUCCCAAUCAGAUUCGGCUCCAGCGCAGCAAAUUCCCUCUUCCCCCAGCAGCGAGCACUCCAGGCUGUCGCAUACAUCCGAGUCUGGCUCUCGACAGCUUCGUACACAUGGCAAAAUCCCCGAUCGACAAUUGACGGAGGCCUACUUUCAGCUCCAGCUUCAGCAGCACAUCAGCCAGCAGUAUCGCAGUCAAGCUUUCACCAUCUCGGAUCUCCAGUCUGACGCCGACCUGUCUGCACUCGCUCGACGCCUCGUCCGCAUUCGUCUGCAGCAUCGUCACACUUCUCGAUCUGGCGACAGUUCCAACGGCGUCUCACUCGGAACCACCGAACAACAAGCAGAGAAGGUCCGACGGCUAUUCGAAUGGGCUGUGCGAAAGAUGAUGCAGGACGGCUUCAUCGCUCUUGCCGAUAUCGGCGACCCGGGAGAUCGGCGAGCCUCCAAGAAAGGGGUGGCGAGCACCGCUGACUCGUACCGUCUUGUCACGCCAGAGUAUCUCCUGCGUCCGCUCCAAAAGUUGCUCGGUACUACCUUGUUUGUAUCGCCACAGGACGCUGCGUCGCAAGAUGUAGACGCCCUGGCAACCCGUCUGCGCAUCCUUGAUGAUCGCUUCCGCUUCGUCGAUCGUUCGCUUGUCCAGGAUAGCCUCGCUUUGUACUUUACACGCUAUGCACCCAUUGUAAUCGAUUGA